AUGGCUACCACUCCAACCGUCGAUGCUGCGUACGACAUAAUAGUUGCCGGAGGCGGUACCUCUGGUUGUAUUGUCGCUUCACGAGUUGCAGCAGCCGAUUCAUCUCUCAAGAUCCUCGUGCUCGAAACUGGUCCACCCACCAAGGAUAUCCUCACACACAUCCAGCCAGCUCGCUUUCUCACUCAUCUCAUUCCUACUUCGAAUACGGUUCGGUUCCAUACCGCCCAGAGGUCAGACAGCUUGGGCGACCGUGAAAUGGUCAUAUCGUGCGCGCAAUGCUUGGGUGGCGGGUCCAGUGUGAAUUUUGGAAUGUAUACCCGAGGGAGCAGGUCGGACUACGAUGACUGGGAGACGACGUUCGAGAAUCCAGGAUGGAGCUCAGAGCACCUCAUACCGCUUUUUAAGAAGACUGAAACGUAUCAAGUAGAACCAGACGCGGUCAAUCACGGUUACGAAGGUCCUCUGAGCGUAUCAUGGGGAGGCAUGUACACGAAUGUCGGGACACAAUAUCUUGACGUAUCUAAGAAAUUUGACAAGGAGCGGGGUACUAACACCGCAGAUGGGCAGAAUAUCGACCCCAAUGAUCUUAGCACGGUCAAUAAGUACGCAAGGUGGCAGAAGUGGAUCGACGCUAAGACCGGAAAACGUUCUGACGUUCCGCAUCACUUCAUCUACAACCGUAGCUCGGAGGAAAAUAAAAACCUGCACAUAGUGACUGGCGCUCUUGUCAAGCGUGUCCUCAUCAGGAAUGGUCGUGCCACAGGAAUCGAAUUCUCCUUCAGCCGUCAAUUUUACCCCGACGCUCAGGCUACCGUUACCACGCAUACCGUCUCCGCCACACGCCUGGUCGUUGUUUCUGCCGGUACUUUCGGCAGUCCUGGAGUCUUAGAACGCUCCGGUAUUGGUCGCAAGGACGUCCUGGAGAGAUGCGGUGUCGAGAUAAACCUCGAGCUUCAAGGUGUUGGGGAGAACUUUCAGGACCACAACGUCCUCUUCGUUCCGUACCAAGCAUCUGAAGACGCCGAGACUCUGGAUGCCAUAUUGAGAAAUGACACGGAUGAAAUUUCUCUGACCUCGGGUCAAUGGUUCAAAGAUGGAAAGGGUCUUAUGGCGCACAACGGCCUCGAUGGCGGGAUCAAGAUGCGCCCCUCUCCUGCUGAACUCGAGGCUUUUGGACCCGAGUUCAAGAAGAGAUGGGAACAGGAAUUUAAAGACAAACCGGACAAACCUGUUCUCGGGCACGCCAUAGUGUCGAUGCUCGUGGGAGAUCCGACUGCGGUGCCACCAAGGAAGUAUUUCAGCAUGGGGUACUACAACACGUAUCCAGUAGGGAGAGGACAUGUACAUAUCACGGACGGAGAGGACGGCCUGGCGCCGACCGACUUCAGGACUGGAUACUUGGACGACAUCGUCGAUGUCAAACCUCUGGUAUGGGCCUACAAAUUCACUCGAGAAGUCGCUCGUCGCAUGCCUGUCUUUCGAGGAGAGCUCCCAGAGAUGCAUCCCAAGUUCCCCGAAGGCUCCAAAGCCGCACUCAUCCUAGAAUCAGACACAUCCGGGCCACUCGUUCUGAAUGAUCUAGUUACUGAGUAUGAUGAAGCGGACGAUGUGGCCGUCGAGCAGUACACGAGGGAGUUCCUCGGAACUUGCUCCAUGAAGCCUCGGGCGAAAGGCGGCGUGGUCGACUCGAAGCUGAACGUUUAUGGUGUCCAGGGUCUUAAAGUCUGUGAUAUGUCGAUAUGCCCUGCCAACGUUGGUGCGAACACGUAUUCCACAGCACUUGUAAUUGGAGAGAAGGGUGCCACAAUCAUCGGAGACGAGCUAGGCAUUCGAGUCUAA